UUACAGAUCUGCUAAGUCAGUAGUUAUGAAGGUUUUUCCUUUUCACCCCUCAAGUUGUACUUAAUUUUGGAUAUUUUGGAAAUUCAGUUUUUUCCUCUCUUUUUGAAAGUUGUCUAGUUUUACUGUGGUUAAGUGUGUGAGAUGGAAAAGAUAGAAGAAGCAAAUAGUGCAGCUGUUGAGAGUUGUCAUAGAGUGCUUAAUAUUGUAUCAUAUCCCCAAGAUGAGCAUCAGUUAAGGAGUUUAGUUGAACAAACAGGGGAGACAAUACACAAGUUUAAGAAAGUUGUUUCUCUUCUUAAUACUAGUUGUGGUCAUGCUAGAGUGAGAGUAUCGAAGAAAAUUCUGUCCCCUUUCCCUCAAAACCUCUUUCUUGAAAACCCAAUCUAUCGAACAGAUGAUCAUCCUAAACCCCUUCAACUCCUUCCAAUCAAUUCUGUUGAAAGUCACCCACUUCAAGAAGGGGGAUCCAACGUCAAGAGUGAUCUCACACUGAGAAACUAUUCUUUGGAAUUGAGCUCACGUGGCAAGGAUAUAUCUAACGAAUCCCAGCAAGCACCAUUUCGAAAUUAUCAUUUUCUCGAACAGCAGCUGCAGCAUCAACAGCAAAGAUACCAGCAUCGGUUGAAACAGCAGGCUGAACUGAUGUAUUGUCGUAGUAAUAGUGGCAUUAGUCUGAAUUUCGAUAGCUCUAUGUGCACUCCUACUAUGUCGUCCACUAGGUCUCUUAUCUCUUCGUUGAGCAUUGAUGGGAGUGUUGCUAAUUUGGAGAGAAAUGCCUUCCAUUUAGUUGGGGCAGCUAGAUCUGCCGAUCAGAACUCAUACCAGCUUAAGAGAAGGUGUUCUGGAAGGGGAGAGGAUGGAAGUGGGAAAUGUGGAAGUAGUGGUCGAUGCCACUGCUCAAAGAAGAGGAAGCAUCGUGUUAGAAGAUCAAUCAAAGUACCUGCCAUAAGCAACAAGUUAGCUGAUAUACCCCCUGAUGAGUAUUCAUGGAGGAAGUACGGGCAGAAGCCAAUCAAAGGUUCUCCUCAUCCAAGGGGAUACUACAAAUGUAGUAGCAUGAGAGGCUGUCCUGCAAGGAAACAUGUCGAGAAAUGCUUGGAUGAUCCUUCAAUGCUGAUUGUUACUUAUGAAGGCGAACAUAAUCACCCAAAGUUUCCCUCACAAUCUGCCAACACUUGAAAUUUUGGGGAAAGAUUUGUAGAGACUGCAUCAAGCCUUUGAAAUUAUUUCUUACAUGUCCUUUCGAACUGGCUAGAACUGCUCCUCUACUUGUUUACUUUGUUUAAGUUUGUCGUACAUAUGGGGUUCGAUUCUGGUUCUGAAUGCUUUUUUUACUCCUAAAUGUUGCUAAGUAAAAAAACAAAAUCCAGAAUGGUAGAGUUAUUUGGAUGUUGAGAUUGACUCAUUGUACAAAAAAAAAAAGCCCCCAGUCUUAAUUGACCUUUUUUUUCUUCAAGAAUUUAGAGAUUCCUGCUGGUUCCCUUGUGUUUCAA